GUGGCAACUACUUUUGUGUUUAUAUUUUACUAUUUUAUUUUUUAAUAUGUUAUAGUUUCGGUUUGAGCUAAAUAAAUUGUGACGCGCUCGUAACUAGCGCGAAACCUGAAUUUGGCUUUGACAGUAAAGAAUUAAAUUUGUGAUCGUUUACUGGAGCUGAAUCUGAAGACAAUUCCAAAAAUAUGUCGCUAAUGGACAGAAAUUUGGAUAUUGAAACGUAUGAUUACAACGGAUGCCAUAGUUUAACACCGCAUGCCAAAAAGCUAAAAUCCGCAUCAUUCUCAGCGAAAAUUUUUUGUGACCCUGUGCAUGGCCAGAUUUCUUUACAUCCAGCUUGUGUUGCCAUAAUUGAUACACCUCAAUUUCAAAGACUAAGAGCCAUAAAACAAACUGGUUUUUUAGAAUAUGUUUAUCCUGGUGCUACCCAUAACAGAUUUAGUCACAGCCUCGGAGUUUGCUACUUAGCAGGAAAAUUUAUUCAAGAACUAAGAGAACGUCAGCCAGAACUGUUAAUAACUGAUACUGAUGUUCUUUGUGUUCAGUUGGCUGGUUUAUGCCAUGAUUUGGGGCAUGGACCUUUUUCGCAUACUUGGGAAAGAUAUAUUCAUAUGGCUACUUUGAAGAAAAAUCUGAAGACUGCUUGGAAGCAUGAAAUUGUGUCUAUCAACAUGCUAGAUUAUCUUAUUGAGGAUAAUAACUUGCUACCACAAUUAAAGAAGUUUGGAAUUGGCUCCAAAGAAAUAAACAUUAUCAAAGAAUUUAUACAAGGAUCUCAGCCAGUGGAUGGCAGCAGAGCCUUUCUUUAUCAGAUUGUGAAUAACGAUGACUCUGGAUUAGAUGUUGACAAGUGGGAUUAUUUCUUGCGUGACUGCCAUUAUCUUGGUCUACCUUGUAGUUUCGAAUACGAACGGCUUAUACAGUUUGCAAAAGUGUUCAUGGUAGACGGAAAAAGCCAGAUUUGUUUCAGAGACAAAGUACUCGAAAGUGUUUACAAUGUUUUCCGUACAAGGAGUAACUUGCAUCGUUUGGCCUAUCAGCACAAAGUGUGCAUGAUCACUGAGAGAAUGUUUCUUGAUGCAUUCCUAAUUGUAGAUGGCAAAUGUUCUGGCCCAACAGGGGAAACACUUCACUUCUGGGACUGGAGCAUGUCUGCUGCAUAUUCACAAGGAGAAAAUCUGAAAAAGGCUUUAGAUCGUUAUUGCACAUUAACCGACAGUGUUAUAUUUUUCUGUCUAAAAUAUGCCUCUCAGCCAGAUGUCAAAAAGGCUGCAGAUAUUGUGAAAGCCAUUGAGAAACGCUCAUCAAAAGCAAAUGGCUUUUAUCAACAUGUAGGGCUGAAAAUACUCCCAUAUUUUGUUUCUGAAGCUGACAUUGCAAAUGGAUUUUGUCAGUUGUUACCAGCAGCCAAUGAAAGGGUCUUAUCUUUGUUUAUUAACGGUGGUACAAUAGAAAAAAACAUAGAGCCAGUGAAUUCAGAUGAUAUUUGUAUUUGUGUGGUUCCUGUGAAUUGGGGCAAGGGUGACAAAAAUCCAGUGGAAUCGGUGCUUUUUUACUCAAAAGAUUCUGUCUUCACUAAUCACUCCUCAGACAUAUCUCAAGUCUCAGCCAUGCUACCGAAAUCUUUUCAGGAAAUACAAGUUCAUGUUCUAUGCCGCCGCAGUGAUGAUUAUGCUUCUCAAGUUGCCAGGUGGUGUUUUGAGAACUAUUGGGAUGCCUCACCCAUAAAGAGAACCGCAAAUUCUCUGAAAAACAAUUGUCAUUUAUGAUGAGCUUUUUGAUUGUUAUAUAUAUUUAUUUAUUUUAUAAGAUAGGUGGUAUUGUAUAAGAAAGGAGUGAUAUAUUAUUAUUUAUUAAAAUUAAUAUAUUUUUUUGUUAUUUGUUUUAAAGAAUCAUAUUAAAUUUCAAUUUUUUGCAAAUAUUAUGCAAAUUAUAUUGUUUUAUUUAUAGUCAAUUAUGCUAUUAUAGAAAUUAUAAAAUUUGAUGUUAGGU